UCUGUUCUGAUUGUAAGAAAACAUUUGGUUGCAUUCAGAAGCUGAGGAAACACAUGAUGACCCACACAUCAGAGAAACCUUUCAGCUGCUCACAGUGUGGUAAAUGUUUCACCCAAAAGAGAAAUCUAAAAAUACACGAGAGAUUGCACACAGGGGAGAAACCUUUCAGCUGCUCAGAUUGUGGUAAAGGUUUUACUACAAAUGGAGAUCUAAAGAAACACAUGCGACGUCACACAGGAGAGAAACCUUUCAGCUGCUCAGAUUGUGGUAAAUGUUUCACUCAAAGUGAUCAUCUAAAGGGUCACAUGAGAUGUCACACAGGAGAGAAACCUUUCAGUUGCUCAGAGUGCGGUAAAUGUUUCCCCUUAAGUGGACAUCUUAAGAGACACAUGAUAAUUCACACAGGGGAGAAACCUUUCAGCUGCUCAGAUUGUGGUAAAGGUUUCACUACAAAUGGAGAUCUAAAGAGACACAUGAGAUGUCACACAGGAGAGAAACCUUUCAGCUGCUCAGAUUGUGGUAAAGGUUUCACUACAAAUGGAAUUCUAAAGACACACAUGAGAUGUCACACAGGGGAGAAACCUUUCAGCUGCUCAGAGUGUGGUAAAUGUUUCCCCGUAAGUGGACGUCUUAAGACACACAUGAUAAUUCACACAGGGGAGAAACCUUUCAGCUGCUCACAGUGUGGUAAAUGUUUCACCCAGAGGGGAAGUCUAAAUGUACACAUGAGAUAUCACACAGGGGAGAAACCUUUCAGCUGCUCAGAUUGUGGGAAAGGUUUCACUAAAAGUAAUAAUCUAAAGAGACACAUGAGAUUGCACACAGGGGAGAAACGUUUCAGCUGCUCAGAUUGUGGUAAAUGUUUCACUAAAAGUGAUAAUCUAAAGAGACACAUGAGAUUGCACACAGGGGAGAAACGUUUCAGCUGCUCAGAUUGUGGUAAAUGUUUCACUAAAAGUGAUCAUCUAAAGAGACACAUGAGAUGUCACACAGGAGAGAAACCUUUCAGUUGCUCAGAGUGUGGUUAAUGUUUCACUAGAUGUAGAGAUGUGAAGAGACACAUGAGAUGUCAUACGCUGUGUAAAUCUAAAAGUCCACAUGAAAACUCAGAUGAGAAUCCCCUUUAACGUCUUUCCCUAAUUUACAUUACCGUUUCCCACAUGAGUUUUGAAUAUCCGUCGCAAAGCUAUAAUGACACAUAUUUGAAGCUAUUCUUCAUGUUCACAAUUACAACCAACUAUCUAAGAAUUCCUCACAGGGAUUUAUUGGGACGACACUCUUUUAUUGGAACGACACUCUUGUUUGGUUUUUCCUAUGCUCCCGAGGGUUUUGGGUCACAGGAUGUCACGUGUGAUAUACAAAAUGAAAUUAAUUGAAAUAUCUUCUAAAAGAUGGUCAGAAGUUCAUAUUCCAAGAACAAAAUGUUCUUGUCAGUCACACACAAACUAUAAACUAUGCUAAGCUAUUAAUUCAUUGGAAAGGUGUAAUCUAAGGCAGUGAUUCUAAACCAUCGGUCCGCGAGCACCACCUAGAGGCUUUUUACCCGUGGGCCGCAGUUGUAAUAUUUCUACUCUGGGCAAAGAAUUAUUAUAACUGUCUUUACGGAGACAAGUAACAGAGAUAAGCCACGCCCCUUCCAGGCGCACAUAAAGUGGGACAUGAAUGAAACAAAAUAACUAGUUGGGUGAGUAAACAGUGGCGAAAAUCCCCUUGGCAUUUUAGGUGUGAACGUAGCAUAACGCUCUCCACCAAAGCAUUGAAGCCAUCAAAAUAUAAGCGGAUGGCGUCAUCUCACUGACUUGCAACUCUAAAUCUUACUUAAUAGCAAGCUGUCUUUUUCUGUUCCAUGAAGUGUUAGUGUUGUUUUUGCAGGUUUACAUACAGAGAAUAAAUAAAUGUUCUUGUGAUGAUCACUGUAUCAGGUUUUUGCUUUUUUAUUUUAUUUAGUCAUUGAAUACAAAUCCAACCUAUAAUUAUAUCAAUUAGUUAAUAUAAAAUAGUGGUAGUAUUUGAACGGGCGCCUGGGCAUAUUUGUACAUUUGGGCCCUGUUGUCAAAAAGGUUAAGAACCCCUAUUCUAAGGCAUGUUUCCCACUGUUAACAUUGUAACGUUACCCAACCUUAUAUUGUCCUGUCCAAUGACUGAUUUUUAUGUUCCAUUUGUGUUACUGCAAGCUGUCAUAUUAUCAAUGUAUUAAUGCAUAAAUUUCCGUGAACCAAAUUCUCUUUUGCAUUUUUAAUGUGCAGAAAAAUACCAGAAGGCCUCUUACUCUUUUUCAUGCAUUGAGUUCUUCCUCUUGUUUAUAUUGUUUUGACGUUUUUUUAGGAAACUUUUUUUAGGCUUUAGUUUUCCUAGUCAAUCCUCAUAUUGAGCUGCGUACAUAUUUAUAUAUCGAACUAAUACAUCUUUGUGUGUUGAGAAACAAAAAGUAGAAAACAUUGCUGAGCAAGCACAGGUGCAAAAAAG